AUGGACGAAGAAAGAAUAGGGCUUGUUCUUGCCAAAACCUCGGAUUUAAGGUCUAAAAUCAUUAACUGCAUUCACAAAACAAGUUCUAAUGCGGAGAAAGAAAGUGGAAAGAUCGAGUCCGAGGAAUCUGAGGCAAGCCCAGAUGCAGAAAAUCAAGAUUCUGAUGUUGAUGAAGAUGCAGAGAGUCUUCUCAAUAUCAAAGAUGCCCUUGAAUCCCUAGAGGGACAGCUCUCGUAUUUGCAGUCUUUACAACAGCAGCAAUGGUACGAAAGGGAAGCAGCUUUGGCUGAAAUCGAGCACAGCCAGAAAAAGCUACUAAACGAGCUCAAGCAAUACAAAGGCACGGAAUUCGAAGUCAUUCGCGAGGCCAUCUCGUUCGCCAGCCUGGCAGAGGAAAAUCCCGAGCGUCUUCUCCUGCCUCCUUACCCGAGCCGCCCGGAAAACGGCGGGCACCUCUCGGCUGCUGCCCGCAAAUUCCCACUACAAAACGGUGGUGUACCAGUAAACCCGUCGGGCAGUGGUCGGGGGUCGCGGGGCCCGCUGAAGUGGGUUGGGGGAAUGGUUGGGCUGGCGGUUAAAACAGGCCUGACUGUUUUGGCGGUGGUGGCUAUAAUGGGCCUGGCUGGUUCGUCGGAGAGGAAUCGGGAGAAUGGUGGGGGGGUUUUGAAUAGGGUUGUGGAGCUUUUCCGGGUUGAGGGCGGGUCGGAGGAGAAUGGGGGUGGGGGUGAGGACAGGUGUCCGCCCGGGAAGGUGGCUGUGACGGAGAAUGGUGAAACGAGGUGCGUCGUGAAGGAGAGGGUCGAGGUACCGUUCGUGUCGGUGGUGGGUAAGCCUGAUGUGAGCUAUGGGUGUGGGUGA